GCGAUCCGUUGGAGACAGUUUGGUCAGUGCGCCCGUGAAUCUUCCAGCACUGCAUCGUCUUGUGAAUUAAAUGCCACCACGGCAACAAGGUGAUGUCAGUGCAACAGACCCUCAGCAAGCAGGUCUUCUUUGGCGGGUGUGACGGUGGAUGGUGGGCUGGGUAUCGCGAGUCCUGACUCUGACAUGCAAGUAAUGGACGAUUUUUCUUGGAAUGAGAUCACAGGACAGGUACGGAGGGAGGAGAUGUCAGAAGAAAGACGGCCAUUUGUGACACAGAGGGUUGCUUACAAGAUGAGAAGACACGCGUGGAGCAUCAAGAAGCUGAAAGGAAGGGUUGCACCCAAGAGAAGACACGGAGCAUCCACAUGACGAAUCGAAGGCGUCCGUGUCCUACAAAAGAGUCCCAACGCUUUUGCCCUUUGUGUAUGGAUAAGAUGAUCGUAGAGGAGGUGGGUUGCCGAAGAGGUGGUCGCACUGUGGAAACUGCGUGUGGAGCUGCGUCGAUUGAGCUAGCCAGCAGGAUUGUGAAGGUAAAAAAAGUGUAUAUAGUGUAUUUUUGAUGACGGACUGUAUAUGAAAGCAACUCAAUUUUGGGCAUUGUGCACAUUCCCUUAUAUCUGACCGCUUCAUCCUGUUGCAGUCUGCAGCUGGCUGCAGUGUGUUGACACCUUUUCCAAAUAUUUGAAUGGCAUGUCUGUGCGUUGGGAGAUGAUGAAGAUUAUUCUUGCUUUUAUAUGCCACUGAGUCUGAUGUGGAACGCCAUGGCCAAUUCAUUUGGCUGCAGUUCAUUCAUCUUUAAUCAGCAGGUGUUUGUAUUUCAGGGAUUGCUGCCAUCCUCCUUUCGUGGCUUGGUUAUUAUUGUCGGCUCUACCAUGGUGAUUGCAGUCUCCUACUCUUAUACUCCCCAUCUCGAUUUCUUUUCUUUCCUCUCCGAACCCUCACAUCUUUUUCCCUCGUCUUUUCGUGCAUUUUACUUUUUGAUCUCCGUCUUCUUCCUCUCUCUCUCUCUCUCUCUCUCUCUCUCUCUCUCUCUCUCUCUCUCUCUCUCUCUCUCUCUCGCGUGCGCGCGCGCGCGCACACACACACACACACAGAGACACACUAUCUGUACUUUUGCGUUAUGGAUGGUUUGUUAUGAUUUGUGGAGGAAACGAGAGAAAGAAUUUGGGGUGCUUUAGCAACACAUAUUCCCGUCUUGCUAGCUCUCUGCCUUGGCAGAUUUGAGCGGUUAGGAUCGGGCUCGUACCAAUACUCUUUCCUCUGUGUUUUGUUGGUUUGUUUUUUUAUGCAUGGCCUAAUUCUGUGCCCUGCUUUGCAGCAUGGGCUGUCUUGUCGAGGAAGUAAUGUCUGUGGGUGGCCACAAGUUUUUCCUGGUGUGGGAGUGUGAGGUUUUGGCCACAAUAUCUCUGCGAGGAGGCUCAGAGAGUGUUUGCUGUGGGUGUCAUUCUGGCGGGCUGCUCUUUCAGAGCACAUGGAGAAUGGGGUAGCUUACAAGCUUCUUGGGUGUUUUAAUCAGUAGCAUUCCUGGUGUCGCGUGGCGAUCUUGUGGAAUGCGGCAUAGUACUAGCAGUAGCCUCGCUGUAGCAGUAGGACAUCAUCCGAUUCUGCAGGUUGCGCGGCAGGGGAAGGUUCAUGGCACUCUUGGUAUUGCGUACAGCGACGGCGGCUGCGAUAGUGGUGCUGAAGGUGGUGGGGAGGGUAGUGGUGAUAGGGCAGGGGGCAGUCGUGGUGAUGAUGAUGGCGGUGGUGGUGGCAGAGGUGGUGAUGGCGGCGAUGGCGGCGGUGGAACUGCCACCGUAUUCGUAGGAUGCUGGCCCUCCUCCCUUGCAGCCACUUCGGCCAAAUUUGUUGCGAUUGGUUCGGUCUCCUGUCGGGUUGGCGUAUUCUCAUUAGCAUUUGGAAUUUCAGCUGUGGAGGGCUGAUGUUGGUCGGGCUGUGGGAUGUUUCCUAUUGCGUGCGGUUGUGCGAAAGACCUGCGAACAAAUUUUGCAUUCGGGA